AUGUUUCAUAAAAAUUCCGAAAUAGCUAAUUCUGUAACAUUUAAAUCUGAUGAAAAAAGAAUUUCUUCUGAUAAUAAGGAUGUUGAACAUGAGUAUAAUUAUGGAGUAUUCAUUAAAUUAGAAAAUGUAAUAUCUCUUCCAGCUAAAUGGUAUACGGUUAAAGUAUCUGCGGUUGAUGAAUUACUUUCUGAAAUUCAUUCUAAUAUUGAAACAUUAAUAAAAAAAUCAAUCGAAGCAAGUGAUUAUCGAGUUGCAUUUAAACCAGAAAAAGGAGCAGGAGCAGGUACACAAUUAAUGGAUGCUCAAGACUUUAAGAAAUUUCAAAUGGAUUAUAAUAAAUAUACUUUAAAAAAUAUUAGCAUGGUUUUUCUUAUUACUUUUAUCGGUACUUCUUUGAAUCUAACUCGAAAAAAAAUACAACAUGUAUCUGAAGAUAAUUCAAAUGAAGAUUUUACUACAACUUUUAAAAAUAAAAAUCGUAUUCCUAAAACUUCUAAUUUAUCAUCUAAAGAAUCAAUAAUGGCAAAUAGAGCUAAAGAAAAUCACAUUGAGAUAACAUUUAUGAUGCUUUCGAUUUGGGCCUCUGAAAUGCAACCAGUAUAUUCAGGACAACCAUAUGCCGUAUCUCCAUUUUAUAAUUCAUUUCAAAUGUUUCCAUUAUAUAUUUCUUCACAAAUAUAUAGAACACCUUUUCAAACAUCUAUUCAAAUGCCUUCUCAAUCAGCUAUUCAAACAUCUUCUCAAUCAGCUACUAGUAUCACAAUGACUUUACCUACAAUUGGUGAUUUUUUAAAGCAAGUAGACGAAAGUGAAGAUACUGGCAAUUAUUACCAGAAUUUUUUAUUGAAAUUAGAACAACAAAGAAUUUUAGUACGAUUAUUAUCUAAAUUAUCAGAUGAAAACUUUGAAAAAUGUGGAAUAGAUACAAUUGGUGCAAGAGAAACUCUUCGUGAAUAUGCUACAAAUUGA